AUGUGCAUUAGACAAUUAGGUCCGCUUGUAGGCGGUGCCAUAUCCCUCGCCCUGAACAUAAACACGAAUCAUGCUGGAAAGGUUACGUACACCACGUACCAAGGCCUAGUGGCCAUUUCGGCCCUCGGAGCACCGUUUGCGUUGCUGCUCUCUCAGCCGCAGAAUGUCACCAGGCAGGACGGCACCAGAAUCCCCUACAUGAAGAAGACCACCCUUGGUUUCGAGGCUCGCGCUAUCUGGAAACAACUGCGGAACCGCGAGAUGCUGAUGCUUAUACCUGUGUUCAUGGCUGGACAAUUUGGUGUGACAUAUCAGAGCAAUUACCUUACAACCUAUUUCACUGUCCGCUCCAGGGCGUUGGCAUCCUUCCUUACCGCCAUUGUGGGGGCGGCAGGUGACUUGGUGACGGGUUUAAUACUUGAUUGGAACCGAUUCUCUCGUUCCACCAGAAGCAAAGGCGUCUACAUCUUCGUCUUGGUGUUUGUGACCGGUGCCUGGACGUGGAACGCGGUCAUAGAGUCCGAGCUAUCCAAGAUGGAAGAUCCUCCCACAUUAGAUCUCGGUGGUGGGCCAUGGUUCAACUCGGCCUUUGCUGUCUACCUUCUGUUCAAGUUCUUUUACGAGGUCCUGCAGACAUAUAUCUAUUGGUUGAUGGCCGAGAUCAAGGGGGGCCAGAACGACGGGGAUAUUGCGCGCACUACCGGUAUCCUCCGAUCGUGGGAGUCGAUUGGGAGUGUUGUGGCAUAUGCGGUCGGCGCGACGUCAGUCUCAAACCUCAAACAGAUGAUCCUUGGCUUCGCGCUGUGGGGCUUCACGGUGCCCUGUACACUUUUGGCCAUUUUCUAUUAUGGUCAAAAGGACGAAGGCUCCAACGGCAAUAAUGAAGUUGAGAGUGAGGCUCAACAAGACACGGAUGCCAGUAGCCUCGAAGCGCAGAGGAUUGGCGUGGGAGUGUCAAAGUCUGCGGCUAUUUAG